UCGAACCAUGGUUCGAGUUCAGGCCAAUAGUAACAAGAGUCAGAAACUAAGGAGAUGGUUUGUAGUGGUGGUGGUGGUGGCAACAGUGGUGGUUUCCGGCAAUGUUGCAGAGGCGAUUGGUGUGAAUUGGGGGACUAUAAUGGCUCAACCUAUAGAACCUGAAACCGUGGUACAGAUGCUCAAGGACAUUGGAAUCAAGCAGGUGAAGCUGUUCGAUGCAGAUCCUUGGGUCGUGAAAUCCUUGGCUGGGAGUGGAAUUGAAGUCAUGAUUGCCAUCCCAAACAAUGAGCUUUUCCGAUUCAGCAAUAAUUAUGACAAUGCAAAGGAAUGGGUGAAGGAGAAUGUUACUUCAUAUUUGAAGGACGAAGGUGGGGUUGAUAUAAGGUAUGUAGCAGUGGGGAAUGAACCCUUCUUGAAGAGUUACAAUGGAAGCUAUAUGAAAACCACAUUCCCAUCCCUAAAGAACAUUCAGAAGGCUCUUGAUGAAGCUGGAGUUGGUGACAAGAUCAAAGCUACCAUCCCUUGCAAUGCCGAUGUUUAUGAUUCUCAUUCCGACUAUCCCUCAGAUGGUAAUUUCCGAGUAGACAUAAGACCACUCAUGGUUGACAUCGUCAAAUUCCUCAACUCUUCCAAUGCACCUUUCUUCGUCAACAUCUAUCCUUUCCUCAGCCUCUACCAAGACGAAAAUUUCCCCGUCGAUUACGCCUUUUUCGAUGGAAACGCCAAACCUACCAUUGAUGAUAACUACGCAUACACCAAUGUGUUCGAAGCUAACUUCGACACAUUGGUUUGGGCUUUGAAAAAGACUGGUUUUCCAGACCUAAAGAUCGCAAUCGGAGAAAUUGGAUGGCCUACUGACGGCGACAAGCAUGCCACCGUCGAGAAUGCGAAGAGGUUCUACGACGGCUACUUAAGUAACAGGGCAAAAGGCAAUGGUACCCAUUUAAGGCCAGAUGCUUACGAAAAUGUGUAUUUUUUUGGAUUGCUUGAUGAGAACAUGAAGAGUGUGGCACCAGGUGACUUCGAGAGGCAUUGGGGGAUAUUUACGUUCGAUGGGAAGCCCAAAUUCCCAGUGGAUUUCACUGGGAAAGGGAAUGAUACGCUGCCAGUAGGGGCUAAGGGAGUGAAAUACAUGAAAUCACAAUGGUGUGUGUUCAAUAACUCAAGCACUAACAUGACCCUAGUGACUGAGAACGUAGAAUACGCAUGCACCAUGGGUGAUUGUACCUCGUUGGGUUAUGGAUCCUCAUGCAACCAAUUGGGGAAUACAAAUGAGAAUAUAUCCUACGCUUAUAAUUACUACUACCAAAUGCAAGGCCAGCUUAACGAAUCUUGCGAUUUCAAUGGUACAGCAAAGAUCACUAAUGUGAAUGCCUCUCAGGAUGGUUGUCUCUUUCCAAUUCUAGUUGCCAGCACACAUGUUUCAAGCAAAGUAGGUGGUAGUGUUGGUGGUGGUGGACAUGAUGCCAACACAGGCUACCACGUCAACCUAUUGAUGCCUAUCAUCUUGUGGUUUUUAUUUUUUACCACUCUUAUGAUUUAG